AUGAAGAGCAACCACAAUCUCAACCACGUCCUCGUGUCCAUCGUUCAGUACACAGCUGCAGCCAAGGACCCCGAGGUCUUCCUUGCGGCGCUCCCGGCCUCGGCCCCGACGUCGUGGGCGCUGAGCCCGCCGUGUCGCUUCAGUCAGUACGCGACGACAGCGACGACCGAUUGCGCUCCGCUGUAUGGAUUAUCCUAUUGCAUUGUCGACAAGAACUGCAAGAUCGUCAAGGAGUACGACACGGACGCGUUUCGACUCGACUCGGUCGUGGACAAUCUUGGGAUGACGCUUGAGAUUGUCAAUGUUUCCGUCGAGCAUGUGGCCGAUCUACCAGCCAAGGUGCCGAAUCUCGCCAUCGCGUUCAAGAAUGCGGCAGUCAAGUCGCUCGGGGACUUUUCAUCCGCGUCCAACGUGACGGGCUUUUUGAUCGAGUACAACAAUGCUACCUUGGACGUCUCGAGCGUGGUCUGGCCCCGUUCGCUGCAAACGCUAGUAAUCAGCAAUGCCGGAUUGCGCUCGGUGCCCAAGCUCACGGCGGUGCCCAAGCUCACCACAUUGACGUUGGCUGCGAACGAGAUUGAGACGUUGCAAGACCUCGACCUGCGAAGCGUGCUGUACAUGGAUUUUGCCGUCAACCCCGUCACCACGGUGUACAACAUCUCGCUCGGGACCGACGUCCGUUCACUGGUACUCGACGGCGACAAGCUCACCACAUUUACGGUCGACCCGGCAACGUACCGCGUGCUUCAAGCCCGGACGCCACUGCGAUCGCAUCUGGCACAUGCCAUCCAUGCGACGUGCAGUCUGCCCAACACCCGGCGCGAGGUGAAUACAACCUAUCCUUUCGCGACGACGGAAUCCAUGUCGACGAUCUGCGUGACGCCCCAGUCAAUGCUACCACCAAGCAGGAUGGCGGGUGUCAGCGGCGCAGCCGUUGGCGGCAUCGUCAUUGCGACCGUAUCGCUUCUCAGUGCGAUUGGCUUUGCCUUCUUCAAGCGACGUCGCAACAGAGCAACGUCGUCCAAGCACGACGAGUACAAGGACGUCAGUGCCACUGACGACGCUUCCGACCCCGGGGACAACGCCGCCAUUCCUGCAGAUCUCUCGAUGCUGCGCUUGGAUACGGCGCUGCUCCAGGCGAUCGACUAUGUGGCCGAAGGCGCGUAUGGGCAAGUGUGGCGCGGCACUUACCAAGGCGACACGGUGGCCAUCAAGCGGCUACUGCCAGGCAAAGCAUCGCGCGUCGCACUGGCCAACCUCGCCGAAGAGAUCUUAUUGGCCUCAACCAUGCAGAGUCCGUACAUUGUCCAGCUGCUCGGUGCGAGCUGGCGGACUCCCUCCGACUUGCAGAUGGUCCUCGAGUGGAUGGACCGAGGCGACCUCCGCUCCGCCCCGGAGGUCCUCUACGACUGUUACUACUCGACGGCGGCCGACGUAUACGCGUUUGGGGUCGUGAUCUCGGAGCUGAGCACGCACGAGAUUCCGUACUACGACCUUCGCACCGAGAAGGGACUCUUGCUCUUGGAUACGGCGAUCAUGGGUCGCGUCAUGACCGGCGCGAUUUCACCGACCUUUGGCAAGAGUACGCCGUCGUGGGUGCUCGCCUUGGGCAAAGCCGACGCUCGUCCGACCGAGCGCAACCCACCGUCACCGGAUGACGCGGCGACCAAGCGUGGCACCAAGCGCAGCACACACGACGAGGCCAUGGACGCCAAGCGGCUCUGCGCGCAGAUUCGCGCCGCAAGCCGCCUCUUCCAGUGCCCCGUGUGCCUCGACACGUUCGCAGGCGCCGUCGUCGAGUGCAACGCGUGCGCCCAAGUGUUUUGCGAGGCGUGCCUCACGGCGUGUCUGGUGCGUCAAUCGGGCCGCUGCCCGCUCUGUCGGUGCGACCCGACACCGACGCGGCGCAACAAGCCCGUCGAGCGGCUCGUGGCCAUGCUUCCGACGCACUGCCCGUUCGAAUUGGACUCCGCCCUGCUCACCCGCUCACGCGCGCGACGGCCGCACUGCACGCCCCCCAUCUGA